AUGGGAAAAGUACAGAAGCUGGGCAUCAUUCUGUUACUCUGUAUGCAAACUGCUUUAGCUCUCAUGUGUAGAGAAUGUAAAUCCUAUUUACAUCGGAAAUGUAUACAUAAAAUGAGAACAUGCACUGCCAAAGACGAUGAAUCUUGUCUGACUGUUAGAUUGUGGAUUCCACCUUACAGUGUAUAUAUACCAAAUGAUGCAUACUCUAGAUGCCAGAAAAACUGUACAACAGAUGAUUAUUACUAUGGUGAUUAUACAGUAUUGAUAAAAUGUUGUAAGAAAUUUGACUUUUGCAAUGAUAUUACUGUGCCAAGUGAUGAAUGA